AUGUGGGGCUGCACCUGUGGUCCUCCUUCCUCCUCCAAGAAAUUCAGAGUGCAGAAGGAUGAAGGGAGUAUUGGCGGCACUGAUUUGGACCCAUCUGAGUGCCUGGAGGAAAGGAAACUGAUGUUUACCUCCCAGUUGUUGACUAGUACCUUGCUCAAGGGAUCUCUCCAGGGGGAAUACCAGCGGAAGCUGUACAAGGAGUUGAUGGAGAACUACACACGCCUUGAAAGGCCGGUCCUCAAUGACUCGGCGCCCAUCCUGGUGGAGCUGGGAAUGACGCUGCUGCAGAUCAUCGACGUGGAUGAGAAGAACCAGGUUCUCAUUACAAAUGCUUGGUUGCAGUUGUACUGGACAGAUGUGUACCUCACUUGGAACCCUGACCAUUACCCUGGUGUGCAAAAUCUGCGCUUUCCAUCCAAUCAGGUCUGGGUGCCAGACAUCCUCUUGUACAACAGUGCUGAUGAAAGGUUUGAUGCCACCUUUCACACCAAUGUCCUGGUCAACGCUUCAGGCUACUGCCAGUAUAUUCCACCUGGAAUUCUCAAGAGUACCUGCUACAUCGACGUCCGCUGGUUCCCCUUCGACGUACAGAAGUGUGACCUGAAGUUCGGAUCGUGGACAUACAACGGGUGGCUGCUGGACCUGCAGAUGUUGGCUGUGGACAUCUCAACCUACAUCUCCAAUGGGGAGUGGGACCUAGUGGGAGUCCCAGGGAAGAGGAACGAGCUGUACUACGACUGUUGCAAGGAGCCCUACCCUGACGUCACCUUUACUGUCACCAUGCGGCGACGUACCCUCUACUAUGGCCUGAACCUUCUCAUUCCCUGCGUGCUCAUCUCCGGCCUGGCUUUGCUGGUCUUUCUGCUCCCGGCUGACUCUGGGGAGAAGAUCUCACUGGGAAUCACUGUUCUGUUAUCUUUGACCGUCUUCAUGUUGCUGGUUGCCGAAAUCAUGCCUGCCACUUCCGACUCUGUUCCUCUCAUUGCCCAGUACUUUGCCAGUACAAUGAUGAUCGUGGGCUUUUCGGUGGUGGUCACGGUCCUCGUACUCCAGUUCCACCAUCAUGACCCUCAAGGAGGCAAAAUGCCAAAGUGGGUACGCGUGGUCCUGCUUAAUUGGUGCGCAUGGUUCUUGCGUAUGAAGCAGCCAGGAGAAGAUCGACGCCUCCUGGGCUACAAGUUCGGGCACCCGGCCCUGCGACACGCCUCGAGCAGCAGCAGCAUCGAGAUGAACCCCGUGUCCGGUCAGAUGGCCGGCGGAAGCAGCAGCAAUGGCAACAUGAACAUCUACUACAGCUACCACACAGUGGAGAACCCCUGUUUCCCGCCGAGCAGCGACUCGGGAGUCAUGUGCGGACGGACGCCCGGCUCCCCCGCCGAAGACGGAGAGCGGUCCGGACCCCUGUGUGAGCACUUGCCCGAGAUUACCAAGAUCCUGGAGGAGGUGCGGUACAUCGCCCAGCGAUUCCGCGACCAGGAUGAGGCUGAGGCCGUCUGCAGCGAGUGGAAGUUCGCAGCUGCUGUGGUGGAUCGUCUCUGCCUGGUGGCUUUCUCGCUCUUCUCCAUCAUCUGCACCUUCUCCAUCCUCAUGUCCGCUCCCAACUUCAUUGAUGCUGUGUCCAAGGACUUCACAUAACUGCCAUGAGGCACCUUCC